AUGGAGCCUCAGCUGGCUGAAGCUGCUGGCACAGCCCAGCUCCCGGUUCGGCUGGCCCGGGGCCGGCGGCCCCCCCACCCCCCCACCCUGCACAUGGUCAUCGAGGCUCUGCGGGCCCAGGACAAGAGGAAGGGUGCCUCUGUUAUUGCCAUCAAGCGGUUCAUCCUGGCCAAGUACCCCACCGUGGACCCCAUCCGCCUCAAGUACCUGCUGAAGCAGGCGCUGAGCAAGGGGCUGAGCCGUGGGGACCUGGUGCGGCCCCACAACUCCUCCGCCAUGGGGGCCACUGGCCGCUUCAAGUUAGCCCCCAAGAAGCUGCAACACAAGCAGCCACCGGGCCAGGUGAAUCCUGAUGGAGGACAGGCUCCGAAGCUGGGACGGAAAGGGACCACGAAGCCCCCCCGGGCCCCCGUGGCAGGUGUGCGACAGCAAGGUAAAGGGCUAGUGGCCCGGCCACCAGCAGCAGUGAAGCCCAGGAGCGUUGGAGCGAAGACCCUGCAGGCUGCCAGCCGUGCCCGGGCCCCUGGCAAAGGGCGUUCAGGGCCCCCUGUGGCUCUGGCUGCGGAGGAUGCAGGAGGGGGCGAUGGUGACAGCCCCGCGGGUGCUGGGGCAAAGGGGCCCCGAAAGGCCCCAACGGGAAAGAGCAAGGGGAAGGCACCCAAGGGAGCACAGCAAGAUGCCCCCAAGGGGAAGGGGGGUCAAGGCAAAGCGAGGAAGCCCCGGGCAGCCCCAGGAGCCAGUCAGGGGGAGGCCAGGCUGCAGAAGGCAGCCCCCACACCAGCAGGCAGGAAGGCCCCGUAG